AUGCCUUCCCAUUUACCUUUCCUGCCCCACCCACCCUUCUCUCUGCUCCUUCUUCGCCUGUUGCAAACCUCCAUCCUCCCGCCAGGCACGGAGGGCAUUCACAAUGUGUGCCGCCGCUUCCCCCACCUCAGCGUCCCUCCCCAUGAGGGCAUUCACAAUGUGUGCCGCCGCUUCCGCCACCUCAAGGUCCAUACUCAUCUCUGUUCUUUCUCCUGCCUUCCCUGCACCCACCCAUCCUUCCCUCCCCCAGCCCCCGGAGGGCAUUCACAAUGUGUGCCACCGCUUCCGCCACCUCAAGGUCCAUACUCAUCUUUGUUCUUUCUCCUGCCUUCCCUGCACCCACCCAUCCUUCCCUCCCCCAGCCCCCGGAGGGCAUUCACAAUGUGUGCCGCCGCUUCCGCCACCUCAAGGUCCAUACUCAUCUUUGUUCUUUCUCCUGCCUUCCCUGCACCCACCCAUCCUUCCCUCCCCCAGCCCCCUGAGGGCAUUCACAAUGGUUUUGAGACGUCUCAAAAACAACCUCGCUGCACGUUGCCGCCGCUUCCCCCACCUCAAGAUAGUGACAUCGGAGAUCGAUUCGGGGCCCCGGAGGGCAUUUACAACGUGUGCCGCCGCUUCCCCCACCUCAAGAUCGUGACAUCAGAAAUCGACUCCGGGAUUAACGAGGUGUACAGAGUGGUGCCAGGAAUGGGGGAGUUUGGGGACCGGUACUUUGGUACAGAGGAGGGGGAUGCUGGGAGGGAUGAUGAGAGGGAUGGUGAUGGGAUGGGGGAGUUCGGAGACAGGGAUGGGGGAGUUCGGAGACAGGGAUGGGGGAGUUCGGAGACAGGGAUAGGGGAGUUCGGAGACAGGGAUGGGGGAGUUCGGAGACAGGGAUGGGGGAGUUCGGAGACAGGGAUGGGGGAGUUCGGAGACGGGGAUGGGGGAUUUCGGAGACAGGGAUGGGGGAGUUCGGAGACAGGGGGGAGUUCGGAGACACGGAUGGGGGAGUUCGGAGACAGGGAUGGGGGAGUUCGGAGACAGGGAUGGGGGAGUUCGGAGACAGGGAUGGGGGAGUUCGGAGAGAGGGAUGGGGGAGUUCGGAGACAGGGAUGGGGGAGUUCGGAGACGGGGAUGGGGGAGUUCGAAGACAGGGAUGGGGGAGUUCGGAGACAGGGGGGAGUUCGGAGACAGGGAUGGGGGAGUUCGGAGAUAGGGAUGGGGGAGUUCAGAGACAGGGAUAGGGGAGUUCGGAGACAGGGAUGGGGGAGUUCGGAGACAGGAAUGGGGGAGUUCGGAGACAGGGAUGGGGGAGUUCGGAGACAGAAAUGGGGGAGUUCGGAGACAGGAAUGGGGGAGUUCGGAGACAGGUACUUUGGCACAGAGGAGGGGGAUGAUGGGAGGGUUGAUGAUGGGGAUGGGGAUGGGGAUGGGAUGGUGAUGGUGACGGUGAUGGUGAUGGCGAUGGUGAUGGCAGGCAAUGCUUUUGAGCUUGGUCGCGUGGGCGCCUGGGUCUCUAACUGCACGACGGACAUCGGAGCGACUCGCGGCAAGUUCCUGCUCGCCGUCUUUAAGGACGAGUCGUCGGGCACGCCCGUCUACAACCUCUAUUUCGACGCGGAUCUUGACGAGUACAGCGGAACCGCGCCCGACACGAUCAACAUCGUGCAAGGCGCGGCGUGUGACUCCACCGCCACCGCCGCCCUCACUCUGCCGUCCACCGGCUGGACCACACAGACGCGCGGCGGGCGCGGCGGCUCGCACACGGAGCUGCGCGUGACGGGCACCGUGGAAGGCGCCGACGCGACGGUCGUCGAGGCGCUUCUCGCGGGCGUGCCGAACGCGACGGUGACGCAGAACGUGUUCACCAAGGUGAUCAACGGCGCGAAGCAGGGCUUCCAGAACGCCUUCGGCGGACGCCGCCGCGGGCGCGAGCUCGCGGGGAACAGCGCGGGGAAGCUGACGCAGCAGUUCCUGAAGCGCCAGCGCCAGCGCCUCGCGUGGAUGGGCGCGAAGACCAAGGCGCUGUUCGCGACGUUCAUCGGGACCACCGACACCACGACUGAUUCGCCGUACGCUGUCAUUUUUACCGACAGCACGACCGGCAACUCCUGGAGCGCCGCGCUCACUGGGAACUUCGGCAAGUGUGGCGGUCGUGGCCGGCGUGGUGGCAACGGGCCUGACGGUGACAGCGAUGGUCCUGGUGGCGCUGGUGGCCGUGGUGGCCGUGGUGGUGGCCGUGGUGGUGGCUAUUAG